CUGCUACGAAGCCAUGUAACGUAAACGUUCCAUUAGAAAAUAUGACAAAUCAAGUAAAUUAACUGUACUUUAGUCAGAUAUGUUUAACUCUCUUCAUUGGAAUGGGUACAUUAGACAGCACCGACACCAAGCAUGACGCUGAUAAAAAGACAGAAGACGAUGGCUGUAAAUCUUUCAACAGACGCCACAAAAUCAAGCUCAUCCAAAAAGCUAUGGAUGCUAGCCCAGUUGACACCAGGCAGCUCAAGAACCUUGCAAUCAUGUGGGGAGGACUUCUCAGUGAUGAUAUCCGUAAAAAGGCGUGGCCAAAACUUUUGGGCGUAGAUGUGGAUAACAUUCCACCAAAGCCAGACAAGGAAAUACUGUAUGGCCACAGAGAUUACAAUCAAGUCGUCUUAGAUGUCAACAGAACACUAAAAAGGUUCCCUCCAGGUAUGGAGGUGGAACAUCGUAUGUCUCUACAGGAUGAACUAGUCGACCUCAUAAUGAGAGUCCUGGUCAAACACCCCGAGUUACACUACUAUCAGGGUUACCAUGACAUCUGUGUGACGUUCUUGUUGGUAGCCGGGGAGGAUAUAGCCUUUGCUCUCAUGGAAUGGUUGUCUGUGAACCAUCUCAGGGACUUCAUGGAUUCGACAAUGGACCGGACCAAACACAUACUGAAUUACCUGUAUCCUAUAGUGGGCAAGUCCAAGCCGAAGCUGCGUGACUUCAUGGAGGAGUCAGAAGUCGGGUCUGUUUUCAGUCUGAGCUGGUUGAUAACAUGGUAUGGACAUGUACUAGAUGACCUUCGCCACAUUGUGCGGUUGUACGACUUCUUUAUCGCCUGUCAUCCUCUUAUGCCCAUAUACUUGGCAGCUGUUAUUGUUUUGUACCGUGAGAAAGAGAUUCUGUCCAGCGAGUGUGAUAUGUGUGUGUUACAUGGACUUUUGUCUAAGAUUCCGGACAAUUUACCGUUUGAGCUUCUGAUUCGAGAAGCAGGGGACCUGUUUAUCCAGUACCCGCCUACUCAGCUGGCCAACGAGGCCAUCAAAACUUACAAGAGAAAAGCGUUGGUUGUGACGGGUAAGAAGUCUAUACAGAAGUACGCGACGCGGAGGGGUACGGGUGGUUCCUGGCUCUGGCGAUACCUAGUACCGGAUGUUGGAGGAGGUUACAUCAAGGUCACAGCAUUCGUUGUCGUGGCAUUGCUGUCGUCUGCCGCAUGGAACAUGUGGGCUGCCCGUGACUGGUGAAGAGUACAUAAUGCCUGUAGGAAAAUAGACUUUAGUCUAUAAUACGAACAUGAGUGUCAACUGAAGACCUGCUAUGUGAUUUCUGUAAUGUACACAAUUGAGUUGAUAUUUUAUGACAAUUUUAUGACAAUAUUGAUCAAGUGUGUUGCACAUGGUCUCAAGUUUGCUUACAGUGUAUAUUAUGCUCACAUGAUUCUAAGUUGUUUUGAAUUAUUUUGUUUCGAAUGUGUUUGUUUCUGUUCAUAUGAAUGGUUUUGGAAGUCGUUUGCUUGUUUUUAUUGUUGAUGUUGAUAUAUACUUAUAUAGUACUAAACUGAUGGGUAUUAGCUAUGUAUAGCAGUAUGUGCAUUCAUUCCUGGUGUUGUGUGUCAGCAAAGUGGUCAGACAAUACUUGACCAGUGUUGUGUUGUGUGGUAAAUUUAGUGGGGGAUUUAAUUUCCAUAUAUUUGCAGUUACUGAAGAUAGCACAAAAUUAAACAUACAGCAAAUAUUAAUGCCAUGAAUAUACAGAGAUAAAAGAAGAGAUCUGUUCACCAUUUAUUACCAUGAUGGAGACAAAAACACUAAUUCAGUAUUGUAUUUUAUGUUAUUUUGAAAAAAUGCUUGUAAAAAAAAUCUAAUCACCAAAAUACAAAAAUACCCUCUUGAGGGCAAUAUUUAACCGUGCAAUUUAUGUAGGGUGAAAUUUAAUACCCUUGAACAAGUUAUAAUUUAGUUAACCAUGAAAUAUGUUUAUUCCUGCGAAAGUUAACAGCUAUACAGUGAAAACUGUGAUUUUGGCUGCAUGUUAACAGAUAUGUAGGCUGGACGUGGGUACAUUUAUAGCUAACACUCCUAAUAAAUAUAGAUAUAAAAAUUACUAGAAUGUAACACAUUUGAAGUGAUUUCAUGGAUCUGAUCAUGUUUCCUACUUCCAGCCCCUUGUUUAUCAUAUCCAGGUAACGGGUUAUUUUCCUGAUCAAAUCAUGGUAAGAUGCAAGCAAACUUACCCAAGUUUGUAGACACUGGUCGCCUGUCGUCACACAGCGUACAUUGUCCGGCUACUGCUUGGCUGGUUCUGUGGAUAGAUACAUCAACUUCGUCCUUUUCACUUUGUCUGGGUUACUGUUGGUCAUGUUAUCUGUUUUCCGAUUGAAGUUUUAUAUAAGAUAUAAAUGUAUUUUCAUUUAUUGUUGUAUUUUAGAGGCAUUUUAAACAAUGUUAACAUCUUCACCAGUGUAAAAAGUCCUUCAUUGGAGAAAAGUCCCUGAUCAUUUACCGUAGCAUUCCGGGCCCAUAUUCAUGAAACCAUUCUCAUGCUCAAGCAUGGAUUCUGUGCUCAAACCUACAUUCUUGUAACUCGGUAAAACCUUGUCAAACAAUCAAAAUGUCAAAUGUAAACAUUUAAAGCAGUUUUCAGCUUUAAGUCUCCUCAAUGUUUUUCCAAAUCAUUGAAAAAAUAUUUGUUUAUGAAAUUAUAACUAGAACAAGAAAUUCGGCACAAAUUCCAUACUUGAGCAUGAGAACGGUUUCAUGAAUACGGGCCCUGAUCCUAGAACAGUGUAACUGCUUCCGUGAUCUGGCUGUUAUUCAGUGUAAUAACACUGGAAUCAAUUUUUGAAUUGUAACAUAUAACAACACUCAUUGUAACGUCACCGAUACUGAUGUAACGAUGUCAUUACUAAUUUACAGGGAAAAGUAAAAUGGCUGUUUAUUUCUUGUUUUCCCCCCACUUACCUACCUUAGGUAUGUGAGACAGAGUGGUAUUAUUAGGUACCUUAUAUGAAAAAACAAUCUCAAAUUUGUUACCCUUCUAUCUGAUUACAAUAGAACAUUCAGAAGAUCUUAUUUUUUUUAAUAGAAACUUUAUUUAUUUAACAACAAUUAUGAAACAAGUUAU